UCCGCUGAAUGAAAGCAUUCUUCAGUGCGGGUGACCCAUAACUUUUCUUCACUCCGUGGUUGAUGUAAAAAGCGUCAGCCAGGCGCGCCCACUGCACAUCACAGCUCCUCUCUGUACACACAGGGACGGGGUUUGAUCUGGGAGGACGCACAGAAACAUAACACAUGCCGCAGAGAGUGGGGAAGUUAGGGACGAGGCCCGGCAAAACGGAGCUAAAAGGCUAAAAGUUAGCAGUCACGUUCAUCCAGCCUGGAGCUGUCUCUGUUUUUCAGCCAAAUACUAAUACAAGGGAGAGCUGCACUUUUAGGACACACCCUUUUCUAAUUUCAACACAGGAACUAAUUUAUCAGAGACGGGACAGGCAACAGGAUUCUUCUGGGGAACAGCCCGGCAUAAUCACAGAGAGUGUAUAGCUUCACCAUAGAGGUUACAUCAACAAUGGUCGAAUUGGACGAGGACUAUGGAAACUACACCUACGAAUACUACAUGGAGUACGGCGACUUGGAGGAACUUAAAGUAAACCACAGACAGAAGGAAACUAUGCACAUAAUCUCAGUGGUGGUCUACAUUAUUUCCUUUGUGCUUGGGCUGAUUGGAAAUGGAACUGUUAUUUGGGUAACAGCAUUUAAAAGCAAAAAGACAGUCAACAGUGUUUGGUUGCUCAAUCUAGCAUUGGCAGACUUUGUAUUUGUGCUUUUCCUCCCUUUAUACAUUGAUUACAUACUGCGAGACUUCCACUGGGACUUUGGUUUGGUCAUGUGUAAGGUUAACUCAUUUGUGUCCAUUAUGAAUAUGUAUGCCAGUGUGCUGUUUCUGACAGUGCUCAGUAUAGACAGAUAUGUUUCUCUUGUCCACCUAAACUGGUCUCAGAAGUAUCGCACUAUAGAGAGAGCCUGGGUUGUAUGCGGUUGCAUAUGGCUGCUGGCUGCUGCCACAAGCUCUCCUGCACUGAUUUUCCGUGACACAGUGCGCCUACAUGACAAGGUUGUGUGUUUCAACAACUUCCACAAACAUGAUGAACAUACAGCAGCCAUGAGGCACAUUACGAUAGUGGUCAUUCGAACUACUGUGGGCUUCAUUUUGCCUUUUACUGCCAUAUGUGUGACGGGCAUACUUCUGACAAUCAAGGUGAAUCAAUCUGGUGGCUUGGUCCGGGUGUCGAGCUUCUCUAAAACAGUCUCCGCAGUGAGUCUGGCUUUCUUUUUAUGCUGGGCACCUUUUCAUACUUUUAGCUUGAUGGAGUUAUCUAUACAUUCCUCAUUAUACCUACACAGCAUACUGAGAGCUGGCUUUCCUCUCGCCACCAGUUUAGGCUUUUUUAACAGCUGCAUUAACCCCCUCCUGUAUAUGCUAUUAGGCAAAAAGGUGCGACGUAUCCUGAAGCGUGCAUGCCUAGAUAUUACUAAGAGUUCACUGAGAGAGCUCAGCCAGUCCAUCUCUGCCACUGAGAUGGAGUCUGUCCCAGGGGUUCAGCAGGACCGAGUCCCAGAGGAGCCUGUGGAGUCAUCCACUCUAUGAUUACAGUCAUCCUCAAACUGUAGAGGUGGUGUAUGAAAAACAUCACAGUAAGACCGGCUAUUACUUAAGAAAAUGAUCAGCUGUCCCUUCCAGCUGUAUUUUAAAGAUGGUCCUACCUUGUUUCACUUAAGUUAUGGAUAACUAUUCUCAAUGGAAAAGCCGAGUCAUACUGUGUAUAACAUGCACAUGGAGUACAUUUGUACAUAUAAUCUAAAUAUAUUAAAUUAAUUUUAAUAAUGCUAAAUGUUUUUAUGGAAAACAACACAAAUUAAAUCACAGCUAAAAAAGGGCUGAUUAGUUUUUUUUAAAAAGCAAAUAUUGUGGUAAUCAAUUUCAUUUGAUUUUAAAUUGUGUCAUUAAAAAGAAAAAAAAGUGAAUCUAUCGUUCCAGUUUGCAACAUGUAAGAAUUGGAUGCUUGAUAGUUUUUCUUAUAAACUGAAUCAUUUUGGACAAAACAAGCAAUUUAAAGAUGUUCACUUGUACAGAAGGAUUGUCAUUUUACAUUUUUCAUAAUUUUCUCUCAAACAUUUCCUGACAAAAAAAUAUCUAUCCAUAAUGUAGGUAAUCGUCAGUUGCAGUCUUAUAUCAAAUGCUACUUAUAAGCUAAUUACAGAAUUGUUUUCGCUCUUGAGGAACGACAUCUUUUUUUUCUUAAAGAUGAGAUAUGUUGCAUAGAUCUAUUGAUAGUCUAACAUUAUAAUGUUUUUAUAUAGUUUUACUGAUGGCUAGUUACCUAUUAAUGUGUUUUAAGAUUUUUAAACUAGUUGAGAUUUGUAUAGAAACGUUAUUCUAAUAUAUUUCAAAUAAACAGCAUAUGUCGCAAUACAUUUCUUAUUACACGUGCUUCACUUUGUUUGAAUACUUUCUUUAUAUUGUUUGACUUGAUGUUUAACAGACCAGAUUUCCAGGUCGAUUCUAAGAACAGUAUACACAAGCCUGUCGUAAAUCCAAAUAUGCAUUUCCUUCCAUUUCCUGAGGGUCUGUUUACCAGACGCUUCCUGUUAUUUCUUUUUAGUGAACUCUGACUUGAAGGGAUAACAUCACUGGUUAACGGAUAGAGUAGUCUACAAUCCUGCCUAAAACCAAACAACAAACAAUAAACAUCUUGCCUAUAA